AUGUAAAAAUUAAUCUAUAAAUUUUCAUCAGGAUUAUUUUCAGUUAAAAACCAUGAGAAAAUAAAGGGAUUAGCAAUUGCUGAAUUAAAUAAUCCAUUAAAAAAGAAUGCUUUAUCAAAACAAUUGUUAGUAGAAAUGAGACAGUCCAUAAGUGAACUUGCAGCAUCAAAAAAUAUCAAUUGCGUCAUACUUAGAUCAUCAACAUCAGGUACAUUUUGUGCUGGUGCUGAUUUAAAGGAGAGAAUAGGAUUGAGUAAUUUUGAGACAGAGUUGGUUGUAAAGAAUUUGAGAGAUACUUUUAAUUAAAUUGCAAAUUUACCACAACCAGUAAUUGGAGUGAUAGAUGGAUUUGCACUUGGUGGAGGUUUAGAAUUAGCUUUGGCUUGUGAUUUAAGAAUAAUAACUAAGUCAUCAAUAUUGGGAUUACCUGAAACAGGAUUAGCUAUUAUACCAGGAGCAGUAAUUAAUAAUAUAAUAAAAAAAGGGUGGAACUUAAAGAACACCAAGAGUGAUUGGAGUGGCUUUAGCUAAGGAAUUGAUUUUCACAGGAAGGAGAUUAAGUGCAGAUGAAUCGCUAAAAAUAGGAUUAGUAAAUUAUGUAGAGGAAGAUGGACAGUAAGCAAAUAAUAGAGCUGAGAAUAUUGCUACUUAGAUAUUAUAGAAUGUAUUAUGAGUAAUAAUGAAGGGUCCAAUAGGAGUGAGAGCAGCAAAGGCAGCAAUAAAUAGAGGAAUGGAAGUAGAUAUUGAGAGUGGAUUAAAAAUUGAAGAAUAAUUAUAUUAUUAAGUUUGCCAUAGUUAGGAUAGAUUAGAAGGAUUAAAGGCAUUUGGAGAGAAGAGGAAGCCUUAAUAUAAAGGAGAAUGAGU